AUGACUUCUAAGAGGCUGCCCGCUGACACUUGUGACAGACCGCUUUACAAAAUAGUGGUUGUAGGUGAUGGAGGUGUUGGAAAGUCUGCACUAACAAUCCAGUACUUCCAGAGAAUGUUCCUUGAAGAACAUGAUCCUACGAUUGAGGACUCAUACAUCCAAAACGCUGAGAUCGAUAAUGAGCUGUGUAUGUUGUAUGUACUGGAUACUGCAGGACAGGAGGAGUUUAGUGCAAUGCGAGAGCAGUAUAUGCGCAUAGGUCAAGGAUUUAUCAUUGUAUACUCAGUGACAGAUCCUCAGAGUUUUGAAGAAGUUCAGAGAUUUCACAAAGAAAUUUCACGGUGUAAAGACUGUGGUUCUUAUCCUAUGAUAUUGGCAGCAAAUAAGAUUGAUUUGUCUCAACAACGUCAAGUUUCGGAAGAAGAGGGUAAACGUCUAGCCACUUAUCUCCAAGUUCCUUACAUUGAAACAAGUGCUAAAGAUCCUCCAGUUAAUGUAGACAAAAUGUUUCACGAUAUGGUACGAAUUAUCAGAAAACUGCCUCCACCACAAUUAAUCUCGAAAGGUGAUCGUAAAAAAGUUCGUUGUUUGUUAUUAUGA